AUGGAUUUCGAAAUUAUAGAACAUGAAAUAGAUACCCCACAACCACCAAGUGCUCCAACAGCACCACCGAAUCCAUCAGGUUUCCCCCAACUUGCAAAACUCAAACAGAAGAGAAUAUCAAAAUGGAAACAACGCCAACUACAAUCAUCCAAUCAAGAACCACCCAACCCAAACCCAACACCAACCCCUCCUCCUAAAUCAGAAGCAGAAAAGAUCCAUCAAGAGAAUCUAGACAGGUUGUCAAAAAUGUCCGAAGAUGAAAUAAUCAAAGAACGUGAAGAAUUAUUAUCUGGAUUAGAUCCAAAUUUGAUCAAGAGUUUAUUAAAACGUACCGAGAAAAGAGAAAAGAAACACGAGGAUAAAGAUGAACAUGGGGAUGGAUGUGGACAUGAUCAUCAUGAACAUGCAGAAGGGUAUAAUGGAUGGAUUGGUGCCAUUAGGACUCCUCAGGGAUUGUCCGAUUUAUCUCAGCUUGAUAAGGAAGAUGUUGAAAAGGCAUUAGGAAUAAGUUCUGUUUCAUUUGCCGAUGACAUUGGGAACCAAGAAGAGCCCAAGAAGGAUAAGUCAAAGAAAUCAGUUUCGUUUGAUAAAAACGUCAAAACUGUGAAUUAUGAGGAUUUGGAUGAAGGUGUGGUAUUGGAUCCAAAUGGUUGGGAAGAUGUAACUGAUAUUCGCGAGAUGAUUCCAAACUUACCAACCAAUGAAGAUGAAGAAGUUGCACCAGAAGAAUAUCAAUUAAACCAAGAACCAGAAGAAGAAGAAUUCAAUGUCCAUUUCCCAAAACCAAAACCUCAAGAUGACUUAGAUAUAAACGACCCAGAAUUCUAUGACAAACUUCAUGAGAAAUAUUAUCCCGAUCUUCCUAAAGAAACUGAAAAACUUUCAUGGAUGACUACUCCCAUGCCGAAACAAACCAUAACCACUUAUGAAUCGAUAUCAGAUAUGAGAUUUGAUUUUCAAGGUAAUUUGGUUGAAUUGAUAGAUGAACGAGAUGAAGAAUCUAAAGAUAAAUCAAUACCUACAUUCUUGGGACUUCAUCAUCAUUCAGAAAAUCCCCAAUUGGCAGGAUAUACCUUGGCUGAAUUAGCUCAUUUAUCGAGAUCCACUCUUCCGGGACAAAGAUGUAUCAGUAUACAAACUUUGGGUAGGAUAUUGCAUAAACUUGGAAAACAUCAUUAUAGUCCAGCCAGUCAGAAUAAAGAUGAUCCGGAAGAUAAAUAUUUCAAUGAAAAUUUACAAGAAAUGGCAAAUAAUUUCGAGAAUAUGAUGUGGGAUAUAGUUGAACAAUUAAGAAUUAUAGAGAGUAUUACUGAAGCAUCAGAUGAAUCAAAGACAAAGAAUCUCUCGGUUCGGAACUAUGCAAUUGAAGCGUUAUGGCUCUGGAAACAAGGUGGAGGAAGAUCAACGACAACAGCAGAGACAGAGGAAGAAAUGAUUACAAAAGCUGUUCAACAACAGUUAUGA